ACCCCAUCACCCUGUACCAUGGAGCCAGGGGCUACUCCUUGGAUGAGUCAGCAGCAGGCACAUCACCUGGGGCCUGGCACAGGCCAAAUGUGUCUCCCAGUUACAAGCUGAGCAGGAGCCUACAUCCCCUGUUUCGUCCCUCCCAUGCUGCUCAGUUAAUGGACCACUUGGUCACUUGGGAGCAAGGAGUAAGGUGCAGGCCCUCAGGAGACACAGACAGAAUUCUGGACCAGCUUGGCCUGCCGGUGCCCUAGGCUGCUUUGCUCCUCAGAAGGAUGGGGAGACCAGGCAGACCCUGACACUCCCAGCAAAAAAGCCUCACAAACCCAUCUAAGAGGAGUAAGAGCAAGGAUCAGCUGUCAGGGAAGACAUGGCCUUUCCUGGCUGAGGCCGUGGACGAACCGCCCCAGGGUGGCCAAGACCACAAGGCACAGCAUCAUGCCUCCAGGUGUUGCCCAGCCUUCUGUUGGAAUUUUGGUUGAUAGAAGAGGCACAAGAUGUUGCUGUACUCAGAGCCCAGGUCCUCAGCCUAGGUCAGGCAGACCUUUGUCCACAGGGGCAACCUGCAGCCAGCAAACAGCCAGGCACCCACAAUGAUGUGCCCACACCUGAAGCCACCAGUGACUGGCCUCAUUGGGCUGCCAGUGGCAUGCCAGCCGUGGCCCUUGUCCAGGGGCACAAGAUGUAGGUUGCUGUAGAAGACGCAGCCAUCUCCUUCCUAUGUGCUGGGCUUGGAAUGUCCAGCAUCAUCUCCCUCAGUGUCUGGCCCAUGUUGGAGUGGCCUGACCCUUUGGCACCAUGAUACACAUUUGGAGUUUACCAUUCAUCUGCUCAUCGACCCUGGUAGCUUCCUUGGGGACAAGAACUGACAGCCUCUUCCCUAGUCAGGGUGCAGGCCACCUGUGUGAAGUCGGAUCUAGUAAACCCUUGGAAGUCUCUGUCUUCUGGGUCUUCUCACCCUCCCAAGGGUCAUCUGUUCUCUGCAUGUGAGAGGUCCCACGCCUAUCCAGGUCCCUGCCACCUACUCCACGACCAUAUGCAGGGGUUGGGACAGAGAACAGUGGGGAGAGGCCCCUGGCAGGGCAUGGAAGAGCUCAGCCCACCCUCGAGGGCACCCUGUCUCUUAGGCCUGUUCCCCAAGUGCAGCCCCAUCCUUUCAGGACAUCCCCUGGUGAGGCUUGCCCUGAGCUGCCUCUUGUAGGACAAACCCACCCCAUGGUGAAAGAAGGGGAGAAUGUGGUUGCCUCCUCCUGAUGGCUCUGACUGGUGAGACCUGACAAGGGGUGCAGACAGGCCCACUGAGCACUGCACACCAGAGCCCCUGGGAAGAGGCUGCACAUGGGCAGCGUGUGGACUGAGAGUCACCCUUGAAAGAGCAAAGUCCCUGUGCCUGGCCACCCAGGCCUAACACAGAACCCUCCAAACCUGUGGAUGGAUGGCUCUUUGGAGAGGCCUGCGGCAUGGGAAUAUUUGCUGACUGAGGAUUCCCCAGAGGACAGCAGCAUGCCUGGGACAUAAGAUCCAGUCCCUGCUUCAUCACUACCCUGGGCCUCUGUUCUAGUACCUCAAACACCUACUACCACCUGACUCUGGACCCCAGCCUGUGGUUCCAGCUCCUGAGACACAUGGGGAAUGUCCCUCUCCCACUGGCCUGGGCUCCAGGGAAGCACUGGGGAGCAGGAUCCUGCCAGACCAUGGAGUGAGGGUCUAGACUGAACCCUUCUGUUUAAGGGACCAAGGAUCCUGGGGAGAUAGGGCAUGAAGGGCAGCAGGGGCCUGGGAGAGUCUGUCCCAUGCACCUCUUCUCUGCACUUAGGUUGCCCCUGAGCCAUCCUGGGGGUUCUGGCCAGGCCAGAUGAGGGGCCUCGAGGUCCCCAGGGCAUUUUUGAUGAGACGCUAAAGGCAGAGAAGACAGCAAGGGGUGCACCAAUCAGGGGCACAGUCAGGGCUCGUUCCCCCAUGUCUCCCUCAGUGGCCCCACAGGCCAUUGCCACGCUGUGCUGGGUCCAUUCUACUUCCACCGUGGCUCAGACUGGAAACCAGGGUUCAUUCCAGCCCUCGUUCCCUCUCCUGCUUGCUCAAUGGCUUUACUGUCAUCGAGAGUGGUUGUUAGAGCUGACUGAGGGUAGGGGACAGCAAGGAAGGACCCACAGGAGUGCUGGGAGUGGCCUUGGAGGCCUGGGGUGGCUGGCACAGGGCAGGCCCAGCAGGUAGGUUAGGACCUGUGAGACCUUGCACUCACUGGUGGGCGUAAGAGGUUACCUACCCAAAAGGUGGGAGCCUGAGCAGGCAAGCCCAUGGUUACCUGCAGCCCCAGAGCCCCGACACCUGAGUCUGCAGGGAGGACUUUGAGGCCCAAGUAGGGGCCCUGUUGUGGGUGUGCACACACCUCCCCUGUCAGCAACUGGGAUGCAGAGUGGCUGGCGCUAGCCCCGUAGGGCUUGGGCCUGAUGAGCCUGGCUCUGGAAGGCUUUUCUGCCCUGGCUCCACCCUGCCAGCAUAUUGCCAGGGACUUGACAAGGCCCUGGUGGCAGAAAGGUUAUGACCAUGGUGGACUUGGGUGACAGCUGACUCUCACCUGGGCUCAGCUGCCCAGGACAGCACUGUGUCCAGCCCAAAUCACGAUGGACAUUUGUCCAGGGAGCCCUGUGACUGGGGUGGGGACAGUCAGGUCCUGAUGCAUACAGUGGCACCCACACGCCUCACACAGGCACACUGUCCCGCUGCUAUGUUGGUGUGGGGACACUUGCCCACACAUUGUCACUCAGUUCCUGCUGUGUGUUCCCUGCUUCCUGCUGGCCAGGAUGGGGCCAGGUGAGCCCAGCUACUGCUCUAGACACCUGUACUGCUGGCUUGGUCUCCUAGGCCUGGCCCCACCUCUUCAGGGAGGCCCUGCACAUUCUCAGGCCUUGCUGUCACCUGGCCUCUGGGCACUGUCUAUCCUCUGAGGAGGCCCAGUGACCUCAGAGCUUGGAUAUUCACAGAAGCCCUCAGAAGGACGGUCCUGAGCAGCUGGGACUCAAGACAUGCCUGCUUUGACCGUCACCUGCUUCUCUCCUUCCCAUGGCUGCCUGCUGGGAAGGGCAGCAAUCAGCCAAUCCCUGGGCUCUGGCCACACCCUGGGCGGGCAUGACCUGGAGGGUAUAAAUUCACCUGCUGGAACUGACACCCUGAGAACCCACAGCAGCCUGCAGCGGAGCUCGGGACUGGACGACACGUGCAUCUCUACCCGCCAUAGAGCUGAGCGCACACCUGCCAGACUGGUGACACGGUAGCUACUGGGCACCGGUCUUUGGAGGAACACCUGGAGUGGAGGUCAGGUUGGCCUGGGAGGAGAGGAAGAGAACACUGCUGGAACUGCAGAGCCCAGGGUCUCAGAGCCCUGCUGUGGCCAGCGAGGACCAUGUCCAGGAGCCACUGACUCCCAGGUGCCAGCUCAGAGCCAUGGCAUCAGGUCAUGCUGUGCCGCACCCCUGCCGAAGCAGCUCCACAGCCUCCUCCAUGCCUGGGUCUUCCAGCCCAGCUGGCAGCCCCAGGUCCCCCGGCACCCCUGGCUUGGAUCGGGUGGCCUCGCCUCUGGAGUGCUCCAUCUGCUUCUCAGGCUAUGACAACAUCUUCAAGACACCCAAGGAACUCUCCUGCACCCACGUCUUCUGCUUAGAGUGCCUGGCCCGGCUGGCAGCUGCCCAACCCACAAACCUCCCUGGCACAGAGGCUGUGCCCUGCCCAUUCUGCCGGCAGCCCACAGCUGUGCCAGCUGCUGGGGUCCCUGGGCUUCGCACCAGCCGCCAGCUGCAGGCCAAGCUGCCAGCGCACCUGCGACGGGAGGAGCUGGUGUGGUUGGAGGGUACCAAGCUGUACUGCCGCCCACUACCCACCACACCUAGUCAAGAGGCGCCCAGCUUUGUGUGCGUGGAUGUCGGACUAAGCAAGGCUGCUGAAUCCAUGCCGCCUGUGCCUGUACCGGACCCUGCCCCUCGCCAGGGCUGCUUGGCCCCCCUAGCCCGCUGCUGGGAGCGAUGUGCAGACUGGCGGCGCCUGGCGCUCGUCUCAGUGCUGCUACUGCUGCUUUUCUGUGUGGUGCUGUGGCCUGUGCAGUGUGCCCUCAAGACUGGAAAUCUGCGCUGCCUGUCCCACCAGCAUGCAGCCACUGCUGCCACUGCUGCCACACUGCCUUCUCCCUCCAGCCACUAGCCAACAGCCACAGUCGCCUGCCUCCAGGGGCCAGGCCUACCACUGCCACCCCUGCCCUUGGGAGUUAGGGCAUGGCCCCCACUAGGUGUCAGCCCCAGGACUCCAGUGAGGACUUUUGGGUGAAUAAAGGGCCCCCAAAGGCUCCCAGAACCACAGGCUUCUACAGGCCAGAAACCCCUGACCCCAGAAAGCUGAUGGAGAAGGGGUUCAGAAGAUGUCCCAAAGCUGCUCUGGCCCUCCCCAAUUCACUGUGAAUUGCCCAGAAGAGAGGGGCUGUCCCCUCCCUCCAUGCUGACAUUUCAGGGUCUUCCCAUGGCCCUCUAAACAAAGGCUAGCCCCUUUCUUUGGGUGGGGUUUCUGAGCUUUGUCCUCUGACCCAGGUCAGGGUACAGAGGCAGGGCAGCCCUUUGGCCAGCCCAACAGAAACCCCCAGCAGACUCUCCUGCCCUUGUAAAAGACAUUUUUAAAUAAACUAUUUUGUAUCCAUA